UGCUCUCCUGCACAUGAAACACUGUCAUACAUUCCACACUUAUCUCCUGCCCAGCCGGCCAUCAUUCCCUCCACUCCUGCACUAAAUACCCACCAGCAUACUCUCCGCCUUCCUUGCCUGCACAUACCACCAUGCCCUCCAUACUACUCUCUUACACAUAGUGCUCACUGUCAUACACUACUCAUUCCUCUUCUGUCCAUAUGGCUUGCUGUCAUAUGCUGCAUACUUCUCUCCCAUACAUACUGCCCACUGUCAUACCCUCCACACUCCUCUCCUGUACAUACUGCCCACUGUCAUACCCUUCACACUCCUCUCCUGUACAUACUGCCCACUGUCAUACCCUCCACAUUUCUCUCCUGUACAUACUGCCCACUGUCAUACCCUUCACACUCCUCUCCUGUACAUACUGCCCACUGUCAUACCCUCCACAUUUCUCUCCUGUACAUACUGCCCACUGUCAUACCCUCCACACUCCUCUCCUGUACAUACUGCCCACUGUCA